ACAGGAAAUAGGAGAAUUGUAGCCUUGAGUUGAGGAGGCGGAGUAUUCCAGAGGGGUUCCCUCAACUUCGCCGUUAGAGCCACUUCCUCCUCCCGGACCUACGGGAUCUCUCCCGGCGGUUGCUACUUCAGGGUGCCGAACCAUGGCCGAAUAUUCCUACGUGAAGUCCACCAAACUCGUGCUCAAGGGCACUAAAGCCAAGAGUAAAAAGAAAAAGAGCAAAGAUAAGAAGAGAAAACGAGAAGAAGACGAGGAAGCGCAACUUGACAUUGUGGGAAUCUGGUGGACUGUAUCCAACUUCGGUGAGAUUUCAGGAACCAUUGCCAUUGAAAUGGAUAAAGGAGCCUAUAUCCAUGCACUGGACAAUGGCCUCUUUACACUGGGGGCGCCACACAGAGAAGUCGAUGAGGGCCCCAGUCCUCCAGAGCAGUUUACUGCCGUUAAAUUGUCUGAUUCCAGAAUUGCCCUGAAGUCUGGCUAUGGAAAAUAUCUCGGUAUAAAUUCAGAUGGACUUGUUGUUGGGCGUUCAGAUGCAAUUGGGCCAAGAGAACAAUGGGAACCAGUGUUUCAAGAUGGGAAGAUGGCUUUACUGGCCUCAAAUAGCUGCUUUAUUAGAUGUAAUGAAGCAGGCGAUAUAGAAGCAAAGAAUAAAACAGCAGGAGAAGAAGAAAUGAUAAAGAUCAGAUCCUGUGCGGAAAGAGAAACCAAGAAGAAGGAUGACAUCGCAGAGGAAGACAAGGGAAGUGUGAAGCAGUGUGAGAUCAACUAUGUAAAGAAAUUUCAGAGCUUCCAAGACCAUAAACUCAAAAUAAGCAAAGAAGAUAGUAAAAUUCUUAAAAAGGCUCGGAAAGAUGGAUUUUUGCACGAGACCCUUCUGGACAGGAGAGCCAAAUUGAAAGCCGACCGAUACUGCAAGUGACGUGGACAUUGUGUGUUGCUUUGGGGUUUUUUCUGUUUUUUUUUUUUUUUUUUUUUUUCUUUCCUGAAUAAAAAUAUUUGGUGUAAGCGCUUUUACA